GUGUGAUGAAGUGGAAGUGGGUGGUGGGAAUCCAGAGUUGGAGUUAGAGCACGUGAGGUCGGGGUAUGGAAGUUAAAGAGGUGUGGUGAAUUAAGAGGUUGGGUUGAACCUUCCACGGAGGAGUUUUGGAUAUCAUUGACAAUCUUAAUCCUCAUCCUGGCAGCCAAUAUACCAAUGCUCUUGUCUACUUGGCAAAAUGGUUUAACAUUCCUUGACAAUAUUCUGGUCCUUGACUGCAUCAACAGUUUGUUUCACGGCUAUCUGAUGUUAACCUUCAUGACCAGGACAUCAACAAAUCCCGUUUACUGUGCCAUUCAUGUUGGUAUUGUUAGUAUAAUUAACAAUCUGGACAGGGUGGUUCCGUUUACUGUCGGGUUCUACCGCUUCUGUCUGACAACGCUAUCACUAAGGUUCUUUUUGAACGAGGAGAAGAAACGUCUAGAACUUAUUUCCUGCUUCAUCCUUGUAGCUCUCCCAGCAAUUUCUUUUACUAAAGAUAUUCUACUGCUUCAACAUAACAAGUUUUAUUUUGAAUGUGUUGAACGUGAGGAGACUUUCUACUACGGACAUGAACACCUGCUGACAAAUCCUGACUUCGGAGCAAUAAUUUUCAAUAUUCCACUAAACCCGCUUUACAAAGCCAACUCUUUCCUUGUGGUUUCUACAUUUCUGUGUAUCCCCUUGUUCUACAUCUGCAUCAUGUUCACCAGGUUCUCCAGCGACAGGAAGGUUAGAGGAUUCAUCACAAACCAGGAGUUCAGGAAACGACGAAAGGCAAACCUUCUUUCUGCAGGUUACAAUUUUACGAAUUGGUUAGCAGCACUCAUAGCUAGUGUUGUUGCGGUGAUGUUCAGAAUAAACCGAAAGACUAGCAUUCUCUACAUCUUUGUACAGGGAUGUAUCAGUCCCGUGCUGUACUACUGGAGUUGGUCUGAAAAACGAGCACGGGCACAGCAGAAGAUGAAGAUGUGUGUAGUUAACUGUUUGAUGAAAAUGAAGGCUAAAUUCACAUUAUCAUCACAAGGUUUUGAAAUCCAGGGAAUUGAAGUGGAGGAGGCUCAAGGUGGAUUAAGUGGAAUAGGUGGAAAAGGUGGACAAAUAUUUGAGGAAACUAAAAGAAAAUCAGAAAUUGAAGGGGUCGGUAGAGAACUCGUAGUUACUGGAACGGUUAGAGCUAGAAAGAAAAUUCUUAAUAAACAUGUAACUAGAGAACCAACCGGAGCAGGAGUAAUGAAAAAAAACAGAGAAGGUCCAGAAGAUAACGUAAAAAGAAAUGACGAGGAAUUCAGCAGAAGAACAGUAGCUAAGAAAGUUAUGCGCCAACCCUUAGCUGAGGUAACUGACUAAAAUAAGCAGAUAAGAAUGAUUUCUGUCCAUAAGUUAAGAUAGUUUUGCAGUUGUUUAGCUAGGAAGUUUUCAGAAGGAAACUCUAAAUUAACAAAUGGACAGGGAUGGCAUAAGUGUCUUUAUUUGAAUGUUUAGAUGAUCAGAAAUUUGUAAAUUAAUGUCUGAAAAAUGCAGUAAUAAAGUAACCCAAAAUGUAAUGAUGCAACUUUAAGUUGUAUGAAUGAGUAAAUGAACUAAGCUGGUUUAAGCCGGUACGUAGAGAGUAAAUUAUUCUUAGUAUACCUAAAUUCUAAUUGAAAAAAAUUGUUCGUAAUAAAAUAUAACACACUUAA